CCACUGAGCUGCCUCCCUCCAUUUUGUGUCGUUCGUUUCCGGGCUUCCGAGAAGGCUGUGAUAAAACAGCCAGCCAAGAGGAUGGCGCUUGUCGCGCGUCCAGAGUGGGGUUAAAGUUUUCCGUUUCUAAGCCAAAGUUGAAAAGUUGCUUUCGAACGUUUAGCGUAGUUUUUCAAAACGGCGCGGCGCCACCCCAAAGACGUUCUGCGGCCAAAACUUGUCGCUGCCCGGAGCGCCGACACUUGACAGCUGGAAGUAAACAGCUCCGUGCUAACUAGCUAGCUUCACUUAGCUCUAAGCUAACCUGCUAGCUGUACCUAGCUCUAGGCUAACCGCCUCUGGCAGAGGGGGGCUAUCUCAGCGGGCGUCGUUAGCCGGCUAACCUGGGUGUUUUUCGGUUGCCUUCAGCUGCGUUGCCUGCGCUCCGCCAGAGGCCUGACGUCUUAUGAAGCUCGUCGCUCAGCUUCAGCGAAGGAUUGCCACAACGACACUUUCCAUUCAUGUUGUUUUGGGCAACGCUGUCUAGCCACCUCGUCAUCGAAUUCGGGAGUGUGAGCGUAUCGUCCCAGCAGAGAAACUGAGGUGUCAUUGAAUCCGCGCAGGAAAGUGCCAACAGAGGGACAGGAUGCCCAUUCCUCCCCCUCCCCCGCCUCCCCCGGGGCCCCCGCCCCCGCCUACCUUCGGUCAGGCGAACACCACUCCUCCCAAGCUGAGCUCGUCUGAGGCCAAAGGCAGAGGAGCGCUGCUGUCCGACAUCUGCAAAGGCACCAGGCUGAAGAAAGUGGGCGUGGUCAACGACCGCAGCGCCCCUGUUUUGGAGCAAUCUGGAGGAGGAGGAGGAGGUGGUCAUGGAGGCGGAGGCCCAAUGGGAAUGGGGGGUCUUUUCCAAGGAGGUGUGCCAAAGUUGCGUCCAGUUGGAGAUGGUUCGUCAGGGGGUUCGGUGGGCAGAUCCGCCUUGAGGCCCCCGGUGUCCCGGCCUUCUGCUCCUCGCCCCCCCACCGGCCGCUCUGUUUCACCCUCCCCGCCGGAGCACCAGCGCUCCCACCGGCCCUCGCUGCCUGACAUCACUCGCCCCCCCACCACCAGCAGUAACUCCUCCUCGUCCUCCGGCGGCGGGAUGAAGCACAGCACGUCAGCUCCGCCCCCUCCCCCGCCGUUCACCAGGGGUGCCCGUGGAAACGCCCCGCCCACUCCCAGCCAAAAGGCGUCGGGGCUAUCGUCGGCGCAGAGCAGAGAGAAGCCCCUCCCUCCCACGCCAAACAGAGGCCCUGCCCCUACCAGCGCCAGUAAGCUCUCGUCAUCCUCCAGCAGACCCCCCACCAGCGGCUCGUCGGCUCCACCUCCUCCGCCGCCGUACAGGAUGCACACCGGCCUGUCCAACGGCCCCUCCCACCCCGACGGGGGAGGAGCUCCCGAGCUUCCACAGAGGCACAACUCCCUGACUAAGAAAAACACGUCGGGGAGUGGUGGCCAAGGACGCAACCACGCCCCUCCCCCUCCUCCCUCGUCAUCGCCAUCGCUGCAGCAAGGUAGCAGACCGCCGCCUCCCGCCAGAGAGCCCCCGAGCCGCCGAGCAGCUCCCCAGGUGCCCCUCUCCAGCGCUCGCAACGGCAACCGGGACGCUCCGCCCCCGCCGCCCCCGUACCGUGGCCAGAGCACCGCGGUCUCAGAGUCUCUCAGCCGAGCGGGCAAACCUCCGCCUCCCACCUUUUCCUCCUCGUCCUCCUCCUCAUCGUCAUCCACCUCCUCCCGCACUCCCGCCGGACCCCCUCCGCCGCCCCCUCCCAUCCGGAACGGCCAUUCCUCCAUCUCCUCCUCCAAGUCCAUCUUGGAUGAUUUUGAAUCCAAGUUCAACUUCCAUCCAAUGGAUGACCUUCCGCCUCCAGAGGAGUACCGUCAUUUCAACAAGGUCUACCCCAGCAAGAGCAGUAAGACCUUGUUGAGAGGAGCACCCCCAGCACCGCCGGUGGGGAGGUGAACGGACCUCAGCUCAGGACUUGAACUCUCAUCAGCCAAGCGGGCGAGUGGUCGUCUAGUCUGGUGGGGAGGGGGGGUCCAAACACACACAUAUACACAACACACACAACACACACAACACACACACAAGCCGAGCACCAGCCUAGUCAACACGCCGCCACGCCGCUGUGACGAGCUUCUGUCUUUGACGCGAGACAUCAGAACCACUCAUGGACGCCACGUCUCCCUGCUGACAGCUUUUGUCUGGCGUCGCAUAUCGGGACCAAAAACUCUCCGAGCUUCCGUAUCUUUUUUGUUUCCUGCAUGUUGGUCUCGUCUUGAUUGAUUGGCUUGGUUGGGUGUCCCGUACGGGUGAUCAUGCAUGAACGUGCGUCUGCAGCCGGCUUUUCUUUUUUUUUCCAUUUCUACCGAGUCACCGUUUCUCCAGCAGCGGCCGAUGGUGCGCUUGGAACGACCAUGUGCCAAAAGUGGGCGGAGUUAAGUGAACCAUGCUGUAAGUGUAACUAACGAUGAUUCCUGCCAACACGUGACGAUGCGUCGUCUGCUUGUUGGUCUCAUUGCAUUCCGAGGUGGGGAAGGGGGGGUUGUAUUUCCUGCUUUGACACCCCUCCGCCCCCACUUUUUUUAUUUUAAUUUUGUUUUGGGGGGCAUUAUUCUCAUUUCCGUCUUUUGGUAGAUGUUGCACACAGAGGCUAGCAGGGACGCAUGAAGCCCGUUUAUGCACUUCGGGGACACGUGACGUAACAUGUGUCCUCACAGACCGGUCGUGGACACGGCAGAAGCCUCUCACUUUGAAUGCAUUCACUGGGCCGCCAUCAUAAGGGAUUGUUUUUUUUUUUGCAGAAAAUGAUCAGCUGGUUUUACUAUGCAAGAAUUUGUACACAUCAUAGUUGCUAACCAAAAAAAGAAAGAAAACACUAAAGUGCCAGAGGGUUGGAGCUGAUGGAGCUUCUUUACGUCACUUUCACUUAUCAUGAAGCAUCAAGCGUGACUCUAAAAAACACUAACGUCAUCCUAGUCGCACCGAGACUCAGCUGUGAAGCUAGAAUAUUAUAAAAAAAAAAUAUUAAAAAAAAACACUUUACUGGUCUUUGCCUUACACACUUGUCCCAUCGGUACCAGUGCUUUGACUUUUAUUAUUUUUUUAAAGUGAAUAAAUAAAUAAGAUCCGAGUCUAUUUGCAAAUGUAUAUUUACAUAGAAUAUGAUAAUCCUAGUUAUUAAUGCUCUAUUUUUUGUCUUGUAAAAAGAGUGUAAUAUAGGAAAGAGAGAGAAGGUGAAGAUUUGAAAAUGAGCUUGUGUGGAUGUUGGAGCGCCGUCACUCAAACCAGCCGAGGGGAGCAUUUUUACAAUGUCUCAUUUCCUGUUAAUCACAUCUUUUUAUCACUUGAAAACAUUUUCAAUAAAUAUAUUCCUGUUGGGGAAAAGGGUG